AUGGCUCAGAGCCGUGUUACCGACUUUUUCGCGCGCCGUCGUCCCGGCCCCGCCGUGCCGCGGACCAAGACGGUCUGCCGCACCCCGAGCCCCGCCGGACUCACAGACCCCGUCCCCACCCCGGCCGGCAGCCGCAAGCGCGCCCGGCCGCCCGCCGCACCCGGGAGCGAUCAGCCCGCGCCGCCCGCGCGCCGGAGGCUGCGGCUGCACGACGCGAAUUCCUGUCCCAGUCUCCAGCUGCCACCAGCACCCCUGCCACCAGCUCCCCUGCCACCAGCUUCCCAGAUGCCACCAGCUCCCCAGCCGCCACCAGCACCCCAGCUGCCACCAGUUCCCCAGAUGCCACCAGCUCCCCAGCCGCCACCAGCACCCCAGCCACCAGCUCCCCAGCUGCCACCAGCACCCCCACUCUUCCCUCCUUGGGUCCUGGCGAAGGACUCCAUCUCUGAGUUCCGGUCCUGCCUGCAGCGGGCACGGGAGCUGGGGGCUCGGGUCCAGGCUCUGAGGGCCAGAGUCCAGGAGGAGGCUGAGGAACCUGCAGAGCAGCCAUGUGGCGAGAUGGUGCCUGCCUACCAGCGUUUCCAUGCCCUGGCCCAGCCGGGGCCCCCGGGCCUCGUGCUGCCCUACAAGUACCAGGUGCUGGCUGAGAUGUUCCGCAGCAUGGACACCAUCGUGGGCAUGCUCCACAACCGCUCCGAGACUGUCACCUUUGCCAAGGUCAAGCAGGGUGUCCAGGACAUGAUGCGCAAGCGCUUUGAGGAGCACAACGUGGGCCAGAUCAAAACUGUGUAUCCCAUGUCCUACCGCUUCCGCCAGGAGCGCAAUGUGCCCACUUUCAAGGACGGCACCAAGAGAUCUGAUUACCAGCUCACCAUCGAGCCACUGCUGGACAAGGACCCUGGUGGUGCUGUCCCCCAGCUCACGGCCUCGUGCCUCCUGCAGCGGCGGCAGGUCUUCAGCCAGAACCUGGUGCAGCGUGUCAAGGAGCACCACAAGGCCUUUCUAGCCUCCCUGAACCCCCCCAUGGCAGUGCCCGAGGAUCAGCUGACGCGCUGGCACCCGCGCUUCAAUGUGGACCAAGUGCCUGAUAUUGAACCAGCCGAGCUUCCCCAGCCACCCACCACAGAGAAACUCACCACUGCCCAGGAGGUGCUGGCCCGUGCCCGCAGCCUCAUGUCACCCAGGAUGGAGAAGGCCUUGAAUCACUUGGCUCUGCACUCAGCUGAGCCCAGUAGCCCCAGGUCCCCCAGCCCAGCCUUGCCUGCCACCCCACCAGCCACCCCACCUGCUGCCUCUCCCCGAGCCCUGAAGGGCGUGUCCCAGGCGCUGCUGGAGCGGAUCCGUGCCAAGGAGGCCCAGAAGCAGUUGGCACAGAUGACACGGCGGCCUGAGCAGGAGCUGCGGCUGCAGCGGCUGGAGCGGCUGCCCGAGCUGGCACGGGUGCUGCGCAGUGUCUUUGUGGCUGAGCGCAAGCCUGCGCUCACCAUGGAGGUGGCCUGCUCCAGGAUGGUGGGCAGCUGCUGUGCCACCCUGAGCCUAGGAGAGAUGGAGAGGCACCUUCUGCUGCUGUCCGAGCUGCUGCCAGACUGGCUCAGCCUGCACCACAUCCGCACUGACACCUACAUCAAGCUGGACAAGGCCGCUGACUUGGCCGUCAUCACUGAACGGCUCGCCCGCCAGGCCAGAGCUGAAGGGCUGUAAGCCAGCACCGGCCGUGUGGUGGGGUCCCCCAUGUUCACUUCACCAACAUGAUGGAUGCGCUGUGGGCCUCCCUCCCAGGUCUCCUGGGGUCCCAGGCCAGGCACAGGUGGUAGCCUGUGCAACCAGAGGGCCUUCUGCCCAUGUGGGUGCAUUGAG